GGGUAUAUAAAAGCCACCAAGAGUGACCUACGGCCGGACAUUUCGUUCCCACCGAUCGCAGCAGCAGCAGCAGCAGCAGCAUCACCAUCCAAAGCAUCAACAUGAACGCGAUUGUUACCGUGCUGCUCCUGUUCGUCGCGGCCGGUUGCUGUCGUUCGAUCGAACCGUUCAAGGGCACGCGCACCUACAACCUUGCGACGGAUGCUGAUCGGUACGAUCGGUACGAGCGCGUGCUGAUCGGUCUCCGCUCUUCCGAGGGUCUCAAACUCGAUCCGGCGGUCCUGCGCGACGUCCGGGAGGUGCUGCUGCGUGAGGAAAACGAAGCGAAAGCUCCAACGGACCCCAACACGGUUGCCAUCCAUCUCGGUAAACCGAUGCAAUCGCGUCACAUCGCGGAGCUGUUGUACCGGCAGCGACCACCUUCGGCCGGUGCAACCAAACCAGCGCCAGCCCGGACACUACUACACCGGGGUCAGCAUCGUGUACGAUAAACAACGGGCCCAGGGCCGGCGGAAAAUGCAACGAAAAAUCGCAACA